AUGGCCCCGCCGGCGGGCGGUGAGGCGUUGGUGGGCUCGGAACCGGACUCGACCACUGCCCUGCUGACAGUACAUGCCACCGUGAGGCCGCUGGGCGCUGCGCCGGAUGCCGAGGCGCAACUGCAAAGGCUGCAGCUGAGCGCGGACCCCGAGCGACCCGGGCGCUUCCGGCUGGAGUUGCUGAGCGCGGGGCCCGGGGCGGUCAGAUUGGAGUGGCCCUUGGAGUCAGUCACCUAUACUGUCCGAGGACCCAACCUGCAUGAGCUGCAGACUCCUCCAGGAGGGCCUGGGGCCCUCAGCCUGCACUUUGCCAACCCUCAGGAAGCUCAGCAGUGGGCAGCCCUGGUCCAGGGAGCCACUGUGGAGAGACCGAAUGGCAGCAGCAGCUCACCCCCAGCCCUGGGCCCGGAGACCUGCCCUGUUUCCCUUCCUAGUCACCCUGAAGCCCCUACUGCUGUGUCUCUUGAACCCGAGGCAGACCCUCCCUGGAGCCCUGGAGAUUUGAUGGAGAGAGAAGAGCUGGUGGGACGCCUGGCCCGGGCCAUCGAGAGUGGGGACGAGAAGCAUGCGGCCCAAGCAGCAGCCGUGCUAGCUCAGCGUCACGUGGGCCUUAGUGUCCAGCUCCAGGAGGCCUGCUUCCCACCUGGCCCCAUCAGGCUGCAGGUCACUGUUGAGGACGCCGCCUCCUCUGCCCCCAUCACCCUGCAGGUCCACCCCCACUGCACUGUGGCAGCCCUGCAGGAACAGGUCUUUUCGGAGUUUGGCUUCCCGCCAGCUGUGCAGCGCUGGGUCAUCGGGCGGUGCCUGUGUGUGCCCCAGCGCAGCCUGGCCUCCUAUGGAGUUCGACACAAUGGGGACCCUGCAUUUCUCUACUUGCUCUCAGCCCCUCACAAAGCCCCAGGAUGCAGCCCUCAGUGGUCCAAGAAGACAGAUGGGGAGCUAGGCCGCCUGUUCCCCCAGUCACUGGGGCUUCCCCGAGUCCCCCAACCUGCCAGCUCCAGUCUCCCCAGCCCUCUGCAGCCUGGCUGGUCCUGCCCGUCCUGCACCUUCAUCAACACCCUGAGCCGACCGGGCUGUGAGAUGUGCAGCACCCAGAGACCCUGUGCUCGGAAUCCUCUCCCCGCAACUUCCAGCCAGCAGCCACCAAAGGUCGCAAGGAGAGAGGAAGGUCCAUACCUCCCAGGUCUCUUGGACCUCUGCUGA